AUAGAAAAUUUUUUUUACCUGAUUUUUUUUGGAGAAUCAGAGUGAUGGGAAUCAAGGGUUUCGUCGAAGGCGGCAUCGCAUCGAUCGUUGCUGGAUGCUCGACGCAUCCACUGGAUCUCAUCAAGGUUCGGAUGCAGCUCCAGGGUGAGUCUUUGGCUCCUAAUCCCGCCGCCGUGCACGCUCUCCGGCCGGCGGCGGUAGGGUUUCAUACCACUGUUACCAUGCCACACAUCACGGCGGCAUCGACUGCGCCGUUGCCGAAACCUGGGCCGAUCUCGGUUGGAGUCCAGAUCCUCAGAUCUGAAGGUACGGCUGCUCUGUUUUCCGGCGUCUCCGCCACCGUGCUCCGUCAAAUGCUCUAUUCCACCACUCGGAUGGGGUUGUACGACAUGAUGAAGAAGAGCUGGUCCGGCGAUGCUGGAGUUCUCCCGCUCCACCGCAAGAUCGCUGCCGGUCUCAUCGCUGGCGCUGUCGGCGCCGCCGUUGGUAACCCCGCUGAUGUCGCGAUGGUGAGAAUGCAAGCCGACGGAAGGCUCCCAGCCGCGCAGCGCCGGAACUACAAGAGCGUCGUGGAUGCGAUCGGACGGAUGGCGAGAGAGGAAGGGGUGACGAGCCUCUGGCGGGGGUCGUCGCUGACGGUGAAUCGGGCGAUGAUCGUGACGGCGUCGCAGCUGGCGACGUACGAUCAGGCGAAGGAGGCGAUCCUCCGGCACCGCGGCGCCGGCGCUGACGGGCUUGGGACGCACGUCGUGGCUAGCUUCGCUGCAGGGCUGGUGGCGGCGAUGGCGUCGAAUCCGGUGGAUGUUGUGAAGACGAGGGUGAUGAACAUGCGCACGGCGCCGGGAGAGGCGCCGCCGUACGCCGGAGCACUGGAUUGCGCCGUGAAGACGGUGAGGGCGGAGGGGGUGAUGGCCCUUUAUAAGGGUUUCGUGCCGACGGUGUCGAGGCAGGGGCCGUUCACGGUCGUGCUCUUUGUGACGCUGGAACAGGUUAAGCGUUUGUUCAAGGACGUGUGAUCAGCCGUUGGAUUUGAAAUGGACGGCUCUGAUGAUGUUGAUGAUGAUGAUGAUCAAUUAUGCUUAUUUUCGAGAAUUAUUUUUCUUUUUCUUUUUUUUACUUUUAAAAAAAAGGUCGUGUGUUGUUCCUUGUUUGUUGGGAGGUGUUUUGCUGAGCUGGAAUUUUCCAUAAUUAAUUAAAAAAAUAUAUGUUGGUUUUUUUUAAA